UUCAGACAGAUGGGGCAAAGGGGCAGCGGACUGAGCCCCUAAAGUGCCACAGUGUGUCUGCGCGUCCCUGUUUUCUGUCAUUUUAGUGUCCACUCCUUCCUUUUCAUCUGCGUCUUUUCAGUCGUCGUCUGUAUCUGCUACAAACGGAGAUAGGCCAGCCACAGCAGGCUACAACAAAAACAGGCGUCAUAUCUUCACAACAAUAUAAAAAAAAUGGAUUAACAAACAUAUUUUAUCCACACUUUGAACGCUCUCUGUUCUCGGGGAGUUUGCAGAAGAAGAUGACCCUUUUCUGUUCGCUUGAGGAGGCUUUGCUGCUGUGUGGGGGAGUGGGUUACAUCCUGUGGCGUUUCCUGUGUUUGUAAACUAGACGGUCUUGGAAACGUCGGGCGAGUGAAGCUGAAAGUUUUAAUGCUAGAUGAGUGAGGUGGGUGUGGCUUCCCACCAGCCCGACCAUCCUGACUGACGGAUCUCUGGAUGACCUUGUCCCCACCCCUGUCCCUGCGCUCACAUACACCACAGCAAUGUCACAUCUGCCCAGCAGCUCAGUCCGCGACCAUAUGAAAUGGGCGGGGCUGCUUGGCUGCGAGGCUGUCCUCUCCAGCAUGGCCCUGAUGCAGGCCAGCUCCAUGGCUGCUCCGCCCAAAAAAAUGAUGGCUCCACUUGGUCAUGGACCACCGCAGAGAGAGGGACCUGACCGUGCUCCCCAGAGCCAUAUGAUCCUCCCAUCUGGAAUGAGCUGUCCACCUCUGCUCAUCCGGAAGGAAGGUGAAUUCCAAGCUCCCCGCCUGCUGGAUGAGAAGGACAUGAGGGCCAACGAGGACAUGCAGCAGAAAAAAAAGAACAGGAAAUCAGUAACGCCCUGCAAAGUGAGAGAACAAGAAGGAAGGGGAGGGAAGGGCACAGGUGGAGAUGAGAAUGGUCCGUCAUCCAAAGUGCAGAAAAACUUUAUUUGUGAUCACUGUUACGGAGCAUUUAGGAGCGGAUACCACCUGAAGAGACAUAUUCUCAUUCACACAGGGGAGAAGCCGUAUGCUUGUGCCGUAUGUGACAUGAGGUUUAUUCAGCGUUACCACCUGGAGAGACACAGCCUCAUUCACACGGGGGUGAAGCCGUACGCUUGUUCCAUGUGUGACAUGAGGUUUUUCCAGCGUUACCACCUGGAGAGACACAGACUCACUCAUACGGGGGUGAAGCCGUACGCUUGCUCCAUGUGUGACAUGAGGUUCUUCCAACGUUACCAUCUGGCAAGACACAGCCUCACUCAUACUGGGGUGAAGCCAUACGCUUGCUCCAUGUGUGACAUGAGAUUUUUCCAACGCUACCACUUGGCAAGACACAGCCUCACUCACACGGGGGUGAAGCCAUAUGCUUGCUCCAUGUGUGACAUGAGAUUUUUCCAGAGAUACCACCUGGCAAGACACACUCUCACCCAUACGGGGGUGAAGCCAUACGCUUGCUCCAUGUGUGACAUGAGGUUCUUCCAGCGUUACCAUUUGGCAAGACACAGCCUCACUCAUACUGGGGUGAAGCCGUAUGCUUGUACCAUGUGUGACAUGCGGUUUAUACAACGUUACCAACUGGAGAGACACAGUCUUACUCAUACGGGGGUGAAGCCGUACGCUUGCACCAUGUGUGACAAGAGGUUUUUUCAGCGCUACCACCUGGCGAGACACAGCCUCACUCAUAUGGGUGUGAAACCUUAUGCUUGCACCAUGUGUGACAUGAAGUUUUUUCAGCGUUACCACCUGGCGAGACACAGCCUCACUCAUACGGGUGUGAAACCUUAUGCUUGCACCAUGUGUGACAAGAGGUUUUUUCAGCGCUACCACCUGGCGAGACACAGCCUCACUCAUAUGGGUGUGAAACCUUUUGCUUGUACCAUGUGUGACAUGAGGUUUGUUCAGCGUUACCACCUGGCGAGACACAGCCUCACUCAUACGGGUGUGAAACCUUAUGCUUGCACCAUGUGUGACAAGAGGUUUUUUCAGCGCUACCACCUGGCAAGACACAGCCUCACUCAUAUGGGUGUGAAACCUUUUGCUUGUACCAUGUGUGACAUGAGGUUUGUUCAGCGUUACCACCUGGCGAGACACAGCCUCACUCAUACGGGGGUGAAGCCGUAUGCUUGUUCCAUGUGUGACAUGAGGUUUAUUCAGCGUAACCACCUGGAGAGACACAGCCUCACUCAUACGGGAGAGAAGCCAUUUGCUUGUGACAUGUGUGAUAUGAGGUUUAUCCAGCGCUACCACCUUGAGAGACACAAGCGUGUCCAUAGCGGGGAGAAGCCUUACCAGUGUGAACGGUGCCAGCAGAACUUUUCACGGACAGACCGGCUGUUGCGGCAUCGGCGGUUGUGCCAGGGUCGCGGCGUAGCCAAAGUAGAGAACCAGCCAUGCUGCGAACCCCGCCCAUACCCCCAAGAACCCCCCCCCGCGCCCCCAACCUGGAGUCCCCUGCACCCCCCUCCGGGCCGACUGGCGGUCUGACAUUCCAUCUUCCCUACAUCCACAACACCGCCAGAGACGGGACAAGCCACAGGGUUUCUUCUUCUCAGCUCUGUGCUGAGUGACGCCACACUCUAGCACAGACUGAUGUCGCAGCUCCAGUCCUGGGAUUACUAAUGACAGAGGGACGUUUGUGUUUUUUGUUUUGUUGACUUUUUACUGUGUUUCCUUUUCUUCCCCGUUUUUUUAAAGACGAGACUUUUCUGUGAUGAACAGUGGUCCUGUUUUGUACUUAAUCUAUUUGAUUUUUGCAACAAAAAAAAAGAAAAAAAGUUUUUAUCGUUGUUCAAAUAUAUCUGCAUUUCGUGGUACUCGGGAAGGGCUGUGGGAAUUGUUUAUCCUGACGUGUUUGCAACAAAAUGGGAUGAAGUGGUGAGGGAAAAAAAUAUUUGAGCUUCUUUAUAGUUGUCCUCACGUGGCCCGUUCUGACUCCGAAAGGUUGUCACUUAGGUCCUAAUUAAUAAAACUGAACUUUUCUUCCAUGUAAAGCAAGGAAACCACUCUGACAUCUCACGUAGACCAGAUCUCUCCUGCCAGUGUCACUCACAUAGUGCUAAGCAUUAAGACAUCUCCCUGAAAGCAUUAUCUGGUCUAAAAAUAAUUUGAACAAUAGGAUUUCCUUGACUUUAUCAGCAUAAGAAGUUCAGUUUUAAUAAUUACUUUGUGUAAAUAACUGAAAAUGUUUAUUAUCAUUUCACUAUAGGACUUGAGUGGGGAUUUUUUUUUGUGUGCACAAAAUGGGCUAAAAAGCAAGUGAUGAUUAGAAAUUGGCUCAAAUACGGUCCUCUGCCACUGUCACGGUGAAAUCUUUAAGAAACCUGCGUAAAUUUGUGUGUUCAUUUUAAAAAACAAAAGCAUAUAUAUAAAACAGUGCUUCAUAACUGUAAACCAGGACUUCCGAGAAGUGGAUGGGGCCGCCUGCAGUUGACGGGCUCAGUGUCAGGCACGGUCGGGUCACGGGAGAAUCACCUGUGUACCUCAUGUUCUGCGUGACAUGCGGAUGACUCAGGAAAAGGCACGGGAUGACCGCCUUAGCACGUCAUCCGACCGCACUCACCGAGAGUCAAGUCGGGCCGUAUCUAUUCAGUACAAGUGCAGAGAUCUCCAGUGUGAAACAGAAGCUGUGCUCGCUCCGUCUGUGGAUUCUGGUCUAAACUAGCACAGGCUGGCCACUCCCACUCCCAUUAUGUUGUUUGUACAGAUAACUCUCAUUGUGAGAUUUAGCGGGGGUAUACAAAAUCUUGUGGCCUUAGUGUGUUUUCUUUAUUUUUCAUUUGCCUUUUUUUCUCAGCUGUUUAUUAUUGUGGAUCAGAUGUAUUUACUAAGACGAGACAGCCUUUCAUCAUCAUGGUAUGUUUUUUAUUUUUAUCCUAACGCUGUCAUGGUUACAGAAUGUUAAUGGUUUCAGUGGCGCUAAAACGGACUGUGCUCUCCUGUCGAGAGAGCUCGUCUUUUGAUGAUGAUGAUGAUGAAUAUUUUGGCUCAUUGUUACUGAUAACGGUGUAACCCAGUAUGUAAUCCUUACGGAGCUCCUGGGAGUUUGACGGUCCUUGUGAGAAGUCGGUAGUGCUAAAUUGUUUCCCACUGCAGUGCUUUGGCUGGUCGCGUGCCAUAGCCGAAUCAACACCUGCUUGACUCCACCACACACUAACAAUUGCCUUUUUUUAUCCAAAAUAUGUGGUUGGUGUGUAAUAAUGGAUGUCUGUCAUGUCAUUGGGUUUAGCCUUAAGUAAGUGCGGAUACACAAGUAAUCAUUGUAGUACUAAAUAAUACUGUAACAAACAAUUUCUUUUACCUUUGAUGAACUUUGAUCAUACUGUGGGGAAGUCGUUGGCGGGCAGAAAAAAGGGAGCCAGGUGAUCAGGGCCGCUUUGCUGCAAAUUGGGAAAGUUUCUCAAACUUGAUCCUUUCUGUGACUGGUGACUGUGUUAUCCUAAGUGUAAUGUCGAAGCCAGAAAUGAACCUGAACAUAACAUGUACAUAUGAGGACAUCGAAACUUGUCUUUGAUACCAGAGCGACUAACAGAAAGGUUGGUUUUAGGCGUUUUAUUUGGAUCUGUUUGGAGAACUGUUUUGUUUUUGGGUUUUUUUGGUUUUUUUUUAAUUUAAAGGUCCAGAUAAGUGAAUAUGGAGGUGGAAUGCCGGAGUGGAUAAUCUUAUUUCUGAUUUCAAGGAUGAAAAAAUGUUUUGAUACAUUAAGAAGCAGAUUACUGAGUUAAGUGGUGUUUUAACAAAAGUAUUAUUGGGAGGAUUUCUUUUAAAUGGUCCAUUGUUGUCAAAGCAAAGUUGUCUAACAGUUAAAGAUGGAAUUCAGUUUUAAGUGUUUUUUGGUACGGUUAAGGAAAACCCAGUGGCAGGAAAGCGGCCAAGUUUGAGAAAUUCAUUAACAACUCCGAAUCUGCAGAAGGGACACUGCUGGUGCGAGCCCAUCCUGAAAUGGCUAAAGGGCAAUACAGUAUAAAGUUGACAUCACUUGUUAAUACCUUUUUGUCUUUUAUUGUUUUUAGUAUUAUCAGUCUCAUUGUUAAAAUGCAAUAGAAUCCUUGAGUCUCAGAUGAUUUGUUUAUAAGAUUGACUUUUAAUUUGUCUCAGACAGAUCCGAGGAUUUAUUUGUCUGAGAAUUCACAUUUUGAUGAUUGUUUCAAGGACCUUUUUUUAUUCUGAUGAAAUUGUAAACACUGGACUGACAGGGGGGGGGGGGGGGGUGCAAAAAGACAGAUGGAUAUUUUUUUUCCUUCAGACUGUACUAGAUUUUAGGUUUUAGACAAAGCCUAUUUCUCCUCAACUUGACACAGAAGGUGGACAGAACAAUUUGGAUCAGUACAGUUGAGAGCCCAGUAUGUUCGGUAAUUUUGACAUUAGAGGCAGUAGUACCACAAGAAAAUGUUUUCUUUCUUAUACGAAGUCCCUGGUAUUUGUAGUAAAUUAUAUUGAUAAUGGUAUUAGAUGAACAACAGCAUAACAGUAGCUAUCACAGAUUAGUUGUUUUCUUUAUUAGUCUUGCAUGCAGAGUUAUGGUCCUCAGUUAAGAUAGGAUCUUGAUAUUGAUUAUUUUGUGUAGGAAAAUGAGUGCAUAAGAAUAACUUCCUAAAAAAAUGUUACAAUGAUUAUUGUAAAAUGGGCUAACUAAUAUGUACCCUUGUGAUCCAAUUAGUUUCAACUAUAUGAAAAUCAGAGGAGAGGCUUCUUACUAUUAUGCUGAAAUAAAAGAAUUUGUAAAGGACUUUUUUUACGCUCACUGGUGUUUUAUGUUUUUAAUUUCACGCGGUUACAAGAGUGAGACUGUACGAUAAACAUAAUAAAACAUGAGAGUUUC